AUGAUACCGUGGUCAUCUUUCGUCCAGAAGGCUCAGAGCCUGAUUGACCCGGCGAACUUCAACAUCCCCACUCUUUCUUCCUCCGACGACAAUCCCUCCAAGGCAUCACUGUUCCGCCAACAGUUCCGCCUCCCUGAUUCCCAGAACCCUCUCCAAGAGAUAACCGCGGACCUUGUCCUUCCGCUCCCCAACUCACCUGCAAACCAAGCGGAUGGCUCCCGCAAAGCCGACCGCGCGGGGAAUACAUAUACCGGGCGGCUUCACCUAAGUGAGCGAUUCAUCUGCUUUUCAACCCAACCGACCAGUUUCGUUCCAUCCGCGACAGCCAGCGCGUCAACCACAUGGACCGGCCAGACGCAUGGGACUGGGCCAUCGGGAAAUGGAUUCAUUCUCCCGUUAUCGAGCAUCAGGCGCGUGGAGCGUCUCCAUAGCGCUAGCCAUGUAUUCUCCCUGGCGCUUACGACGUGGAACGGCCUUUUAAACAAGCAACAAGAAGCCAAUCUGGCCCCUCAGCGCCUCAUUUUACAGCUUGUCGGUAGCAGACAAGCUUGCGAGCGAUUCUGCGACACCCUCAAGAAAGGCCUGCGGGAAGGAAUGAAGGAGGUGGAAAACCUUCGGACUGUGGUCGCUGAUUGUUAUUCGGAAUAUUUGCUCUCAGGCGCAAAGGGGAAGGGACUGGAAGGGAUUGAAGGUGACGGGCGUCAACCCCCUGAUGCGGGCCUCGGUCUCAUAUUCCGCUAUCCCGGUGAUGCACGAAAGCUUCGUGAUCGCAGCAAGAUGAGACUUUGGGGCGAAUAUUUCAGAGAAAAUGGUCGCAAUGCUACUCUAGUCCGUCAACCAACUUUCCACAAGCUGAUUAGGGUUGGUUUACCCAAUCGGCUGCGAGGAGAGAUCUGGGAACUCACAUCUGGCUCCUUGUUUCUCCGUCUAAGAGCUCCCCAGUUGUAUCAACAGACAUUGGCCAAAUUCGAGGGGCAAGAGUCUCUGGCUAUUGAUGAGAUUGAAAAGGAUUUGAACCGCAGUCUACCGGAGUACCCUGGGUUCCAGAGCGAGGAGGGCAUUGGGCGCCUUCGACGAGUCCUCACUGCGUACAGUUGGAUUGACCCUGAGAUCGGCUACUGUCAGGCUAUGAACAUCGUGGUUGCCGCAUUGUUAAUAUAUAUGUCGGAGGCCCAGGCCUUCUCUAUUCUUUCCGUUCUAUGUGACCGCCUUUUACCUGGCUACUAUUCGACGACAAUGUACGGCACCCUGCUUGAUCAGAAGGUGUUCGAGUCGUUGGUCGAAAGGACAAUGCCAGUUCUUUGGGAACAUCUCACCAAAUCGGACGUACAACUUUCAGUUGUUUCAUUGCCCUGGUUCCUUUCCCUCUACAUCAACUCCAUGCCACUCGUCUUUGCUUUCCGUGUUCUGGACGUUUUCUUCUUGGAAGGCCCUAAAGUGCUUUUCCAGGUUGGUCUUGCCAUUCUCCGAGUCAACGGCGAAGAACUUCUGGAGACCUCAGACGACGGGUCUUUCAUCUCUGUUUUGAAGUCAUACUUCUCACGAUUAGACGAAUCUGCCCACCCAAGAUCAGAAAACCCCAAGCUGCGAGCUAUCACCAGGUUCCAAGAAUUGAUGGUUGUAGCUUUCAAGGAAUUCUCGGGCAUCACACACAGCACUAUCACCGAAACACGUGAAAAGCACAAGGGUGCCGUGCUGGAGAAUAUCGAAACUUUCGCAAAGCGCACUUCGAUCCGCAACCUUGGACCCGAAAGUAAGCGCCUGAGCGUGGAUGAUCUGGGCACCAUCUACGACCGGUUCUAUGAGACUUUAUACCAAUGGCAGCAGCACCAGAGAGUUCUCGAGGAAGAGAAGAGACGCCAAGAGAGGAAAAAGUCUGAGCGUCUUUCUAUUCUCGCGCCUCCUGCGGAUAGACAGGUUGGCCGCGUCGGUCUUGGACCAAGUCCCACGCACAUGGACUACGAUGCGUUCAGGGAAUUCCUAGCUGCCACAUCCAAAUGGGCAGUUGCUGAUUCUCCUGGGCCCUCCAGGAAAGGAUCGGCAGGUCAAUCCGCACUGUGGGCAAACCGCCGACAGCCAGCUGAUCAUGAAUUUAUGCAACGUCUUUACCGCAAGUGGGCUACCGAUCCCGAGGAAGGACUCAAUCUCCAAAGUGUGGUGAAUGGCUUGGCUCGACUCAAGGGCUCACCUGACAUCAUGAACAACAUCAAUUACUUCUUCGACCUAUACGAUGACAACGGGAAUGGCCAAGUUGACCGCGAAGGGAUUCUCAAAAUUUCCGAGGCACUCUUGUUCCUCUCCAGGCGAGGAUUUGAGGGCACAAUCACGGCCACCCCAUCUGUGGAGAACUUGAAUGCCCCUGCAGAUCGCGAUCAUGGCGAGAACUCACUCACGACAGAUGAGAAGUUCUUGGGCAGUGUCAGUGCAUUCAUUCGCCGCUGCUUCGAAUAUGCCGACCCUAGCCACCCUGAGAACCUGAAGUCUGCGAAGCCCGAUGCCACCGAGGAGGCAACCGCGCAGCUAGACGCAUUCGCCAUUGGCGAUGAUGAGGAAGAAGAUCUCAUUGAUGUCGAAGGAGACUCGAAGCCCACAGAAUCGACAUCAAACCAAGCACCCCAGUCCAAAUCAAACACCCACGACGACAACCCCUCCACAUCCGAGUCUGCAAACCCAGCCUUGGACCCCAACAACCCUCUCCACAUCACACUCCCUACUUUCCGCAUGGUCGUCCUAGCCGACGAACUCCUCGAACAAUUCUUCGAAUCAUACUUCCCCCAAUCCUUCCACCUCUCCGACCACCCCCACCCAGCAGCUCUAGCCGCCUCAUCAACAAUGUCCUCAAACCUCACCACCUUCUCCAACAUUGGCAGCAUCCGCUCCAGCUCAACAGCCUCAGCCCCCGUAGCCGGCGCCUCAGGCGGUAUCGUGCCACCAGGAAAAGGACUCCGCGGCGUCCUCGACAACAUCGUCACCGACGGAAUCCGCAUGGCCGCCGAAGUCAAGAAGCGAAUGGACGAGGCACAGCGCGAUCUCGAGCGCAACGCCCUCGGCAACCAUCGCGACGAGGACGAGGACGAAGAUGACGAAGACGAUUACCCACGCCGUGAAUCAAACGUCAUGGCAGGCGGUAUCUCCAGCUGGGGCGCUGGCGCUUACAGUGCUGAUACGGAGCGUCGGAGCGUCGUCCGAGACGCUGAUCGUGAUCUCCUCGAAGGCGCCGAGGUCCUCGAUGGCGGCAAGGAAGAGAGAACCUCACUCCUGGAUGGAAAGGAUGUUACCGAGAAUCCCUCUCGUAAGGCUUCGGCCUCAAAGCCUACGGACCGUGAAGGUGAUGUUAUCAGCAAGGUUGUGGAAUUCGAAUCAUGA